AGUUUCUGUUUAGCUUUAGUGCCGUCGACAACGCGUGAUCUGCGCAAAUUUUGAAAAUGUCGCAGACUAGUACAUUUAAGUCUUGGCAAAACGAAAAACUUAAAAUUGAGAAUGAUGCUGUUACCGCACUUUCCGGAGCAUUCAAUGAAAAGGAUUUGAAAAAAUUCGAAGCUUGUCUACGAUCAGGGAAUGAACAACUGUUGCGCGUUUACAACCAAAUACCGGAUUCAAAAAAAAUAUCUGCUGAAGAAAAAGUUCGAAGGAAUCAUAAACUACUAGCAUUUUUUCGGAAUAUCUGUCGUUCGAAACAAAACAGCGAAAACCAGGAAGAACAUCCAAUGCUUUCAAACAGCAUAGAACCAACGUCAACCCAAACCUCAGAAGCCAACUCUUCACCAAAGCCUAAGUGGCAGCCUCUCAAAACUCCCGAAUGGAUGAAUGUGUACUACCUGCUCUAUCGGCUGCUUUCCCCUACGAUCAUCGUUCUUGCCACCUUAUGCUUGAUACACCAUAACAACGCAGUACUGUCCGUGUUGAUUUUGCUUUCCGGAAUCGACAACAUUAUACACUUCAAGCUGUUACCCUCGACCACGCUGUCUUCGUCGAUCAUAAUGCUGGAAACGGUCAGCCGUAGUCUGCUCAAGAGCCUGCUCUGUGUACGGAUUGAGCCUUCCCGGAUAGCCGAAUAAUUACAGUUUCACUGUUCAUUUCCAAAGUCAUUUAUUUUCUUCUCACCGGCCCUAGCAACUGCUCUUCUUUCUCUUUUCUUCCUACACCCAACUCUUCCUCACCUCUCCUCGUCGUGCCCGGCCUGCUGCGUUCGUCGCCGCGUGGUUGUCUGAUGAACCGGUUCCCUCCGGAUCACCUUCGGUUCAGCUGCCGCGGAAUGCCGGGUACAACCCGUCCUGGUUCUUCGGGGGUUCACCCGCAUGGCGGUGCGUGGUUUCAACGGCGGCUGCAGUCGGCGGCCAGCGGAACGUGGUUCUUGUUCGCCGGUGCGCAUGGUUGGCCAGCAGGACGUGGUUCUUGUCCGGCGGUCGCGGUCGGCGGCCAGCGGAACGUGGUUCUGUUCGCCGGUGCACGUGGUUGGCCAGCGGGACGUGGUUUUUGUCCGGCGGUUGCGGUCGGCGGCCAGCGGAACGUGGUUCUUGUUCGCCGGAUCCGAGUGUUGACCAGCAGCUUCACCAUACGUCGUCGACGGCACCACUUUUCCUCGCAGAAUCACCAGCGCCGGUUCCUGACGGUGGCGCCGAGCUUCCGCGGCCUCCCGCCGCUCUGGUGAACUCCUCCAACGGCGAUUUUUAGCAGCGCGAUCCGAUCAGAAAAGAAACCGCGUGAAAAACUUUUCCGCGAUGGUUGUUUGCGCGACGCGACCUUCUGCACGAACAGGCAGGGAAGAACUGAUCGAGCGAAGACGUGGAAGAAAGUAACCCACCAGCAGGCCAUGAUCUUCGCUCUCUCUUUUUUCUCUCCUACUCACACUCGAACAGGCCGGAAGCAGUGUGAGUGUAGUGGUGUCAUCUGCUGCUUGACGUUUCGCCGGGGCGACUUAGAGGUUGAGGUAUUGUUCGUUUCAAUUAAAUCUUACAUAAUAUAGUGGUUUUACAGAUUUACAUAUUAUUUUAACUAUUUGACCAAAUCAAAAACUACAAACGUUACACAAUCCUUGACAAAGAGCAGAGUUUUUUGUGAGCUCAGAAGGAACUCACAAAAAACUCUCUAGAAUCGCUUCCCAGAACAGCCGGUCGGAGACCCUCCUCAACUUACACUAAACUGAUACCCGCAAGCCCGAAGCUCACCAGAUCCAUGGCAAAUCUAAAACCAAAUCUAAACGACAGCAGAUCUGUCAAACACCAAAUAAUACGCCAUCUUGCAUGGCAAACACGUCUCCGGCUGACCUUCUUUUUUAUAACAAAAAUCUAAAACUUAUCACAAAUUUUUAACGUGAGUCUUUUUGUUGGGCGCCAGUGUACGGAUUGAGCCUUACCGAAUAGCCGAAUAAUUACAGUUUCACUGUUCUUUUCCAAAGUCAUUUAUUUUCUUCUCACCGGCCCUAGCAACUGCUCUUCUUUCUCUUUUCUUCCUACACCCAACUCUUCCUCACCUCUCCUCGUCGUGCCCGGCCUGCUGCGUUCGUCGCCGCGUGGUUGUCUGAUGAGCCGGUUCCCUCCGGAUCACCUUCGGUUCAGCUGCCGGGGAAUGCCGGGUACGACCCGUCCUGGUUCUUCGGGGGUUCACCCGCAUGGCGGCGCGUGGUUUCAACGGCGGCUGCAGUCGGAGUCCAGCGGAACGUGGAUCUUGUUCGCCGGUGCGCGUGGUUGGCCAGCGGGACGUGGUUCUUGUCCGGCGGUUGCAGUCGGCGGUCAGCGAAACGUGGUUCUUGUUCGCCGGUGCGCGUGGUUGGCCAGCGGGACGUGGUUCUUGUCCGGCGGUUGCGGUCGGCGGCCAGCGGAACGUGGUUCUUGUUCGCCGAGUCCGAGUGUUGACCAGCAGCUUCUCCAUACGUCGUCGACCGCACCACUUUUCCUCGUAGAAUCACCAGCGCCGGUUCCUGACGGUGGCGCCGAACUUCCGCGGCCUCCCGCCGCUCUGGUGAACUCCUCCAACGGCGAUUUUUAGCAGCGCGAUCCGAUCAGAAAAG